AUGGAGCCGCCGCCGCUGCCGCCGCGACAGGCGGUUCCCAAAGACGGGAUAGGUCCAAGAGGUUUACCAGAAACAUACCAUGAAGCCCGCGCCGGCAUAAAAGAGCAAAUCAAAGAGAAUGCAAUGGCUCGCGGCAAGGAGAAGGAUGCUGACCGCGACAUGCUGGAGUACCAGCAACAGCUCGGCAAACAGCUCGACCAGCUCGUGCAACACCGCGAGCUCACUGAGGCACAGGCGCGCAAGCUGUUCCAGAAACAGUUGCUAGAACAGAUCGAGUAUAAUAAACUUAUUAAGGCGCGCCAAGACGCGGAGGAGUUAGACCAGAGGAAGAAAGGCAUUGCGGCGGCCGACGACUACCAAAAUGAAAUCACCAAGAUUAUGUGUCGACCCUCAUUUAGUGACGAAAUGCAUCCAUUUAUGAGAAAGAUGUAUUCAGGCUUAAAGAUGAAAGAAAAAUGUCCAUGUUCGAAGCCCGACUACUGCGCCGUACCAGUGCGAGAACCCAAGCUCGGUGACACGACAAAAGCAGAUCCUAAUUCAACCGAAACUAGUCCUAAUGAUGCUGGUAAUGAAGCUCCAAUUCCUACUAAGGGUUCCAAUAACCCUUGA